UGCAUUCUCACCGCUCAGACAUACUUCAAAAAGCAUAAUCAUUUUUCACGUUUUUAACCUGUAUCACAUCAUUGAUGACUUCACAUAUUUGAGAUCAUAAUCCUAAUUGGUUUCCUUGCAUCUCGAUGACUUGAGAGUCAACCCAAGUAAUAUAUACUUACAAUUUACAAAUAAUAUUUCCUCAAAAAUGAAAAAUCCAAAUGUUUUAGUUAUCUCUAAACUUGAUCUUGAUUUGUCUUAUUUGCAUUUUCUUUUCUAUUUCCUUUCUCUAUAUAAAGGAGCAUCUUUAGCCUACACCAUUUCAAGAAUGUCAGAUAUAUUUCUCUGGUUAAUUGGUAUGAGCGAAUGAUAAUUUUUCUUUUCUAGACUGAGAAAACAGGUUUUCUAUUUUUACUUUGAAGAAGAGAAGAUGGUUCCUACUGGCUUUAGAUUCAGUCCCAUAGAUGAAGAGCUUAUCGAAAUCCUGUACCAGAAAGUAUCUGGGAAUAUUGCCAUGGCGCCUUUCGGUUUCAUUGUUGAAACAAAUAUUUAUGAGUCAGAGCCGCUAGAUCUUCAUUGGACUCAAAAUGUGGCUUUAAACAAGAAUGAAAGGUAUUACUAUUGUAAGAGGGAAAGUGGCUCAAGAGAAGUGACAGGUCGUGGAUGGUGGAAGGCAACAAGCCAUGUGAAGACGAUUUGUGCUAAAGGACAAGUGUUGGGUUACAAAAGACCCCUAACUUUUCACAAAUUUAAGAAUAACCAAAGAAACCGCAAAGAUGCUAUCAAGACUGACUGGAUCAUGCAUGAAUAUGGCCUCAAAUCCAUUCCAACGGAGUGGAGAUUAUGUAAGAUUAAGUACAAAGGAAAAGAAAAGCUUAAAAAAGACAUGACAUCGAUGGACAAUAUCAGAAACAAUGCUACUCCAUUGAUGAGUUUAGAAGCUGGAGGUUGCGGUGGUUCUACAAACAUAAAUCCCAUGCAGUUGGAGUUUGCUUUUGAGGAGCAGCAGCCAUUACCUGUAAACAAUGAUUAUGAAAAUGAAUUUUGGUCAAACUCAAGAAUGAUAUUUGAUGAUCAGCAGCAGGAAUUGGAGCAGCCAUUUUCAUCACUUGAUCCAAGUUCUUCCAUGCCAAUACUUACCCCAAGCUAUGAUCAUGAUCACUUUCCCCAACUAGACACCCAAUCAGAACCCAGGGAGCAACCAUUUCCAGACCUAUGGUCCUGGGAGAAUUGGAAUUAAAUUCACCUGUUUAUACCAUAAAGCAGCGCAUGUAGCUUUUCCAAGGGGUUUUAAGUUUGGCAAAUACUAAGCCAUUUUUAGGAUUAGGA